UAGGUUACAUCUUGAAAGAAACCUAUGUACAGUUUGUUUGGCCUAAGAAGACAACAAGCAUUGUAUAUAAACAGUUCGGUGAAAUUUUAGAUAUUGUAAUCAUCAUAGACGAGGGACAAGGUUAGGAAGCUAUAUAUUAGGACGUUAUUAUAUCUUAUCGCAUAUUUACCAUUGUCGUUUAUUUUGCUAUUACAGGUGAUCGACACAAAUUUACUUCCGCUUGACAUUAUCGUCGGCCUUCGAUUAUAUUUGGUUCUAUGAAUAGAUAGACGCACCCGGAGUCAUGGAACGCAGUUUAUAGCAGUUCUUCUUUCGUAAUUAAUCAUAAUACAUAAGUUGAUGGUGCGAGUGGCAUGUUCCUUGCGGUAACUAAAAACUCCUUUUUUUUCAGACGAUUCAGCAGACGACUUUUCUAUUUUCUACAGCCUACUAUUUAAAAAAUAAUAUGCGUAUACAUACCAAUAUCGUGGACCUCAGUUUGCCGGCUGCUUCCGAGAUAUGUAAUUCGAAAACAAGUUACCGACACCGCAAACGGGCUUUUUUUUUAGCUACAAAUAAGGCUUCAAUGACAAGCUGCGUUCUUAACCGUCACAGUGCAGCAUGUAUCGCUCUUGCUGUUUGGCCUAUUAUCCCAACAGAUUGAACCCGUUCAGACGCCGCAACCACUUACUCUACAUUUCCUUAGGCAGUGCUACGUUUUUCUGUGGCUGGAUUGCGCAAUCGAGGUUGAAACAGGGGGCACUCUAUCCGAAAUAACCAGAGUGAACCUCUGCCACGUUAAACCGAAAAUACGAAUUUUCACCACGGCUUCAAUAUGCAUAUGUAUAGCAGUGGAUAUAAUAUAAAUGCGACGAACACAAGUCACGCAAACAGGGCGUACGUCGUACGGUAGAGUCGCCAUUAUCGUUCUGGCUAUCCCAGCACUCGGCCUGGCAUAAUCGAGGUCAUCAUCGUGAUGAAACUAAAAGGAAGCAAAAGGAAAAAUAAAAAUCUGUCUUUGACGCCACUCAAAUUUGUAGAGCAGUAAUAAACUCGCAAAAAAAAGUAUGCAAACGAAGUGUUUUUGUCCCACUUCGCCCAAAGCCGUGAAAGACCACGCGAUGCAACGCUGAUGGUGAAAAGGUGGAAGAACGUUUCAGUUUCGGCGGUAAAAAACGUUGUGCCUGUAUCCUCGCCAUUGCCAGUACCUACAGUCGCGUCCAUCGUGCCCGUUCCAACCUCAGCGCCCACGCCUAUUCCCCUUGUCGUGAUACCUAAUCGUGACCGCGACCUCGAUGGCACGCCGCCGCCGGUGCCGGCCGCAGUACUACCUGGUAGUACAUUUAUUCCACCAGAACUUAUGCGGCAACUUUUUGAUCCCAAUAAACAGGAAUAUGUCUGCCCGUUCUGUCUAUGGACUACGCCUGAUGAGGAAAAAGUACAGGGACACAUUGCUAGCCAUACCGGAGAACCGGUGAAAGAUCGAAACUCGAAACGGUAAGUACUCGCGCUAAUAGCUAUCGUUCAAUCGUUGCAAUAGGCUAAUUGAGUCAGCGAUUUUGUGAGGCUGC